GGAAAAGGGGGGUAAGAUGCCUAUCCUAGUCCCUCUCUUCGGGCUCUUCAUCUCAAGAGGAACAAACAAGAGCAAACUCAGUGUCGAGAGACCCCAAACCGGACUCUCCCACAGAGAGGUGCUCGGUCCCGAGCCCCGGAGGCCCGGGAAGGCCGCCUCCGGAGGAGCCCCCGCAGACGCCAUACUAAAAGCCAAAAUGGCUGCCCCGAGGAGGCCCGCACCGCGUAGCUAGUGAAGGUUGGGGAGCAAGCUUCUGCGGGAAAGAGGGAGGGGGACUCCAGGAAAAGCCGUUGAGAGGACCAUCACAACCGGAGCAGCACAGGUUCCAGUUACAGCCAUCCCUUGUCAUAACUUUGGAACUGUAUUUGGAAAAAUAUUGGCCAGGAAAGAAAAAUGAUAAAAUUUUUCCUCAUGGUGAAUAAACAAGGGCAGACUCGACUUUCUAAGUACUAUGAACAUGUGGAUAUUAAUAAGCGUACACUUCUGGAAACAGAAGUCAUAAAGAGCUGUCUCUCUCGAUCCAAUGAACAAUGCUCUUUCAUUGAAUAUAAGGAUUUUAAGCUGAUAUAUCGGCAGUAUGCAGCUCUCUUCAUUGUGGUUGGAGUUAAUGACACUGAGAACGAGAUGGCUAUUUAUGAAUUCAUUCAUAACUUUGUGGAAGUUUUGGAUGAGUAUUUCAGCCGAGUGAGUGAAUUAGAUAUAAUGUUUAAUUUGGAUAAAGUACACAUCAUUUUGGAUGAGAUGGUGUUAAAUGGCUGCAUUGUGGAAACUAACAGGGCAAGAAUUCUUGCCCCUCUACUAAUUCUUGAUAAGAUGUCAGAAAGCUGAAAGUAAGUCUCUUCCAGACAACAUGGAUUUAUCAGAAAUGCGAGUACCGUGGAAUACAUCUCAACAUCUGUAACCCAGAAGAAUCUGGAAGACCACAAUUACAAAAUGGGGUAUCCUUCCAAAGACAUUAUAAAUAGGCAUUUUCCACAGUUCCUAAAAAGAAAACAAAACUGUACUUUAAAAUAUGUACAAAGAAAAAAAUUUUUUUAAGCUGAGAGAGUUGUUUUAUUUUCUAAUUGUAAACAUAUCUGUCCACUUUAAAUUCUGCUGAGCACCUAAGGAACCCGUCUUGGUCUAUGCUGCUUUUUGCAAAUUGAAUUCAGGAAUAGCAGGACGGUAGCAGGAAGAAAGUAUGGCAGUUUUCUGUCAGCCAAUAACGUUUUAAAAUUUAAACACAAGGCAUUUUGAGUAACGCUGUUUUCUGAAGGCUAUUUUUUUUUUUUUUUUUUUUUUGAGACGGAGUCUAGUCUAGCUGUGUCACCCGGCACAUUCUCGGCUCACUGCAACCUCCACUUCUGGGGUUCAAGCGAUUCUCCUGCCUCAGCCUCCGAGCUGGGACUACAGGCAUGCGCUACCACACCUGGCUAAUUUUUGUAUUUUUAGUAGAGACAGGGUUUUACCAUGUUGGCCAGGCUGUCUCAAACUCCUGACCUCAGGUGAUCUGCCUGCCUCAGCCUCCCAAAACUCUGGGAUUACAGAUGAGCCACAGUGCCUGACUUCUGAAGGCUGUCUUAUUCCUUUAAAAGGCUUAGUCAAAUUUACUUUUUAAGAGGUUUUUGUUUUUGUUUCUGUUUUUUUUAAGACGGAGUCUUGCUCUGUCACCCAGGCUGGAGUGCAGUGGUGUGAUCUCAGCUCACUGCAACCUCCACCUCUGGGUUCAAGCAAUUCUCCUGCCUCAGCCUCCUGAGUAGCUGCGACUACAAGCAUGUGCCACUACGCCCAGCUAAUUUUUGUAUUUUUAGUAGAGAUAGGGUUUCACCAUGUUGGCCAGGCUGUUCUUGAACUCCUGACCUCAAGUGAUCCACCCGCUUCAGCCUCCCAAAGUGCUGGGAUUACAAGCAUGAGCCACUGUGCCCAGCCAAGAGGUGUUUUUUGUUUGUUUAAGAGAAGCAGGUCUUGCUGUGUUGUCCAGGCUGGACUGCAGUGGCUAUUCACAAGCAUGAUCAUGUUGUACUACAACCUUGAACCUUCCUGGCCUAGCUCUAAAAGCUUUGUAAUGUGGGGCUGGUGCAGUGCCUCACACCUGUAACCCCUGCACUUUGGGAGGCUGAGGAAGGAGGAUCGCUUGAGGCCAGAAAUUCAAGACCAGCCUGGGCAACAUAGACCUCAUCUCUACAAAAAAUGCAAAAAUUAGCCGGGUGUGGUGGCACAUACCUGUAGUCUCAACUACUUGGGAGUCUGAGGCAGAAGGAUUUCUUGAGCCCAGGAGUUCGAGUCUGCAGUGAGCUAUGAUCGUGUCACAGCACUCCAGCCUGGGUGACAGAGCGAAACCCUGUCUCAAAAAUAAAAAAGUCCGAGUGCAGUGGCUCAGGCCUGUAAUACCAACAUUUUGGGGGGCCAAGGCAGGAGGAUUGCUUGAGCCCAUUAGUUCAAGACCAGCCUGGGCAACACAGCAAGACCAUAUCUCUACAAAAAAUAAAUAAUUAGCCAGGUGCGGUGGCUCAUGCCUGUAAUCCUAGCACUUUGGGAGGCCGAGGCAGUCAGAUCACUUGAGGUCAGGAGCUUGAAACCAGCCUGGCCAACAUGGUAAAACCUUGUCUCUACUAAAAAUACUAAAAAAUUAGCCAGGCAUGGUGGCAGGCACCUCUAAUCUCAGCUAUUCAGGAGGCUGAGGCAGUAGAAUUGCUUGAACCCAGGAGGCAGAGGUUGCAGUGAGCCGAGAUCAUGCCACUGCACUCCAGCCUGGGUGACAGAGUGAGACCCUGUCUCUGAAAAUAAUAACUAAUUAAAAAGUUAGCCAGCUGUGGUGGUGAGCACCUGUACUCCUAACUACCCAAGAGGCUGAGGUGGGAGGAUUGAUCAAGCCCAGGAGUUCGAGGCUGCAGUGAACUAUGAUCACAACACUGUACUGCAACCUGGGUAAUGGAGUGAGGCCCUGCCUCAAAAACACCAAAACAAAACAAAAAAAAACUUUUAUAACAUGUACCUAACAAAGAUGCAGAGUUAAAUUUUAUUUGCCAGUUUGUAAAAGCCUUUGAUAUUCAUUUUAAGGGCACUUAGUAAUUACAAUGCCAUUGUGCAAUUAACUCUAUAGAGAACGUUACUUUCAAAUAAUGGAUGGUCAGACAUUAAGAGAGCCCCAGAGAGCCCCUACAGCUAUCCUUUAUGCCCCGCUUUUUGUUUGUGUUUUGGAGACAGCAUCUCCCUCUGUCUCCUAGGCCAGAGUGCAGCAGUGUGAUCAUGCCUCACUGCAGCCUCUAACUCCUGGGCUCAGGUGAUCCUCCCACCUCAGCCUCCCGAGUAACUGGGACCACAGGUGCACACCCCCUCCACCCAGCUAAUUUUUGUAUUUUGUUGUAGAGAUAGGGUUUCGCCAUGCUGCCGAGACUGGUCUUGAAUUCCUGCGGUCACAUGAUCCAUCUGCCUUCGCCUCCCAAAGUGUUGGGAUUACAGGCCUGAGCCACUGUGCCCAGUCUUUUUAUGCCACGUUUUAAAGGGUUUGCUUAUAAGCUUACUGUUAGUGAAAUUUAGUUCAAAGUUUAAAAGUAGAAUGCAGCCAGGCAUGGUGGCUUACACCUAUAAUCCCAGCACUUUGGGAGGCCGAGGGGGGUAGAUCAUUUGAGGUCAGGAGUUCAAGACCAGCUUGGCCAACAUGGUGAGAUGCUGUCUCUACUAAAAAUACGAAAAAUUAGCUGGGCAUGGUGGCACGCGCCUAUAAUCCCAACUACUUGGGAGGCUGUGGUAGGAGGAUCACUUGAACCCAGGAGGCAGAGGUUGCAGUGAGCCGAGAUCGAGAUCGUGCCACUGCACUCCAGCCUGGGCACAGAGUGAGACUCCGUCUCAAAAAAGUAGAAUGCAAGAAAAUGCCUCUGUACAGGUAGGCAUGAAAUGAAUCCUUCUCUUCCUCCCUUUUACUCCUCUAACCCCUUCUCCUGCAAUGUCUUGAAAUAAAUUACUGUCAUUACAGAAGAGCAAUGCACUGCUUCCCCCCGAAACCUUUCUAUAUGCUUUUGCUACCCAGUUAACAGAAGAUAUACAGAACUGCCUUAGGCAAAAGUACGUACAGUAGUCCCUCCCUCAUCCACUGUUUCGCAUUCUGUGGUUUGUGUUACUCACGGUCAACUGAGGUCCCAAAAUAUUGAAUAGAAAAUUCCAGAAAUAAACAAUGUCUACGUUUUAAACUGCA